UAGUCACGUGACAGAAGAGCCAAGGGAAGCAACAUGCGGUGGAAUUCUCUCCGAAAAAUUGUCGGAGCAUGUCGGAGUUCUGGCGUUUACGACACUGUCAACUUUUGUGUCGGACGCCACGCUCGUAGUUGUGAUCAGACGUGAUGGCACACGGCAAUUAAAUUCGAGGUAUUAUUAGUUCAAAUGUGAAUUUUUUCAUCACGAGCGUGUUUCAAUACAUAAAAGCCCAAGAUACGCUUUGUUGACACUGAAAACAUGCCGAGUAUAGAGUUUGGGCAACGAAACAAUGGUGGCAUUACGGCAUCUGAGACACAAAUGUUUCCAGAAUUCGAAUUCUUAGAAGAAAACAGUCAGUUUAUUUCUGACGACCUUUUUCAAUCAUGGAGUUCCGAAUUAGGAAUACCUAUCAUUCCAGAGGAAGAGACAAUCUUGGAUUAUAAUAAAACUACGAAUGAAGGAAUGAAAAACAUAUUUGACUUAUGGACCCCGUUUAAAGACGACGAGUUUAAUUGCACACAAAAUUCUGGGCUGGAGGAAACAGACGAGAUAACAAAUGAAAUUAAAUUUGAACCUGAAAGUCCAACUGCACAAUUUCCAUUAUCUCCCAAUAGCCUUAAUCAUUCGGAAUCUAAUGAUUCGGAUAGACAAAUGAAAUGUUAUAUGCCAGAAACUUCAAAUUAUAUGAUGCAAAAUGUAAAAACAGAGUUUACUUUGGAAACACCACUAAUUUCUUCUCAGCAAUGUGUAUCUCCAUCACAAUCACUUCAUUCAUCUCUAAACACAUCAACUGCAGUGCAACAAGUUAAAUUAUGUGAUGACAAAGAGGAUGUAGAUCCAACAAAAUAUAUCUUUGCAAAAUCAGCAAGAACUGAUUCUACAAAAUAUGCUCAUAUCCAGCCCAUAAAUAUUGGCCAAAAUAUAAAAUAUGGUAAAAAUAUUAUAUUACGUUCAUGCGAAACUCCAAAUACUAUCUUUGUCCAAGACAUCGCUACAUUCGUACAAAAUGCAAAUUCACAACAUGUAUUGUAUCCCUCAAAACUUCAAGUAUUGCCGACAAAUAAACAACAAAAUUCAUUAAAUAACAACUCAACUGAUAAGAAAGCGGAAACCAUGGCAUUUCAAAUACCACAAAAUGUAAAAAUAAUCAACACUAUAUCAAACAUUUGUCCAUCAAGUACUACCGAGCCAACAGAUGCGUGUACUAUUUUAAAUAACGGAUCUAUUGUGAAAUGUAACAAUGUUGUUGUUGCAAACAAAACUAUGAGUUGUACACCAUUUCAAGUAAUGCGGAAUAAAAUGAAUUCCAAUUCAUUAAUUGUACAUAAUGAACCGAUUGAUGUCACGAAUUCGCCAAAAAACAAUCAGGAAUAUAAAUUGAAAGCAUUAAAAAGACAGCAAAGAAUGAUAAAAAAUAGAGAAGCUGCUUGUCUCUCACGGAAGAAAAAAAAAGAAUAUGUAUCUUCUUUGGAGAAACAAGUAUCUGAGUUGAAAGAAGAGAAUAGACAAUUAAAAUCGGAAAAUACAGUCCUAAAACAGAGAUUAUCAAAAAUAGGAGGCAAUAUCACAGAUAAUAUAGAUAAUAACAAACAUAAAAGUUUAAAUUUUAAGCCUUUGAAAAAGAAAGUAAAAGGGAGUGCUGUUCCGAUUAUUCUUUGCGGUAUAAUUUUCAUGGUAUCUUUCAACAUCGAUGGUUUUAGGGGAACGCUUUCACAAAAUGUACAUUUUAAAACUGAAUCUAACAGUUUAUCAGUACCUAUAGCAGAGGAUAAACAUAACAGAAGAUUGUUCUGGACGGUAGAUGAAAAUGAUAACAAUAUGGAAGAUCAAAUUGAAGAAACUUUUAAUAAAAGUAUACCGAUACAUCAACCAAUAUGUCCGAUGUAUAUUAAUCAAAGUGAAUCAAUACGUUUAGAUAGCGAGUUAAGACGUUGGAUUGUUGGUGAAUCUGACCGAGAUAAUCAGACUGCUCUAAAAAAAGCAAAGUUACAAACAAAUUCAUUAAAUGUAUCAUUGUCAAGAUCGCCAUUGGAAGAAAAGGCAAGAAGAAAGUUAUACUUAUCACGAAAAAUAAAAACUUUACACAAAAUGAUUGAUAUUCCUGCUGUUGAUCAACAUCCAGAUAAUAAUGCAAUUGAGAUUUUUUCUCCGAUAUUGAGCGAACAUGCUUCUUUAUUUGAAGCUUUAGGAAGAAAAGACGAUACAUUUUAUGUUGUCUGGUUUAGUGGUGAACAUUUAUUACUGCCAGCAUCCCGGAAAAAUAACACGGCUAGACCGAAAAUGUCUUUAGUUUUACCUGCUGUAUCCAUAAAUGGUACAUUUUCAACGCCAUCUAAUCAUAUAACAAUGAUGCAAAUUGAUUGUGAAGUAACCAAUACGCAACUGUUACAUUUACAACAAUCCAUUAUACCUAUCCAUUUACGAAACAGUAAACCUACGAGUCAAUCGAAUCAAUCUCAUUCUGUCGAGGAUAUACAUGAUUCGUCCACAGAUAAUAUCACUAGAAAUUACAAACCGUACUUUUUGAAAGAAGCAAAUCGAAAACAUCGAUAUAAAAAACACUUUAUGCAAUGAUUACAAAGAUAAACGAAAUUUUUAAAAAG